AUGAAAAGCCUAAGCUUGUUUUCGCUUGCGCUUGUUCUAGGCUAUUUGAUGCCUGUAUUUGCUGUUAGAAAAUAUAUUUGUGACGGCGACGAAAUUCCUGAAAGAAUAUUGACAAGUAAGAUUGAAGAGUCAAUAGGAAAUCUGGGACUUGCACCCAGAAUAAAAUAUAAAGUAAAUGAAGAACGUGAUAGCACGACCUUUCUACUUAACAGUCCAAAUACCAUAGGUAAAACGCUCAAAGUUACGCUGUCAUAUGAUUUGAGAGGAGAAAUCUUGUCGCUCACAGCUACUCAUAAGGAAGUCGAUGUUACGUGUAAUGAAGCUUGA